UCUAGUGUCGGACGUCAGUAUAGGAUAAUAAAUCAAUUUUUAUCGUUGAAAUAAAUAAGUAUUUAAUGUUUAUGGUAAUAUUCAGCAAACAAACAUGCGAUGGAGUGAAGCAAUAACACUUGAAUUUGUAAAAAUGUAUUUGAAACAUGAUUGCUUAUGGAACCCUAGUCAUCCAGGAUACAAACUAAAAUAUCAGAGAGAUAAAGCAUACGCGGAUAUAUGUUCGGAAUUCAAAGAUUCCACUAUGAAGUCUUUAACUAUUCCCGAAGUUAAGAUGAAAAUAAAGAAUUUAAGAACCACUUAUGUCCAACAAGUUCACAAAAUACUGCAGAAAUCGAGUCCCGAUUCCAUUUAUGAACCUUCCCUAAUCUGGUUCCAAGAAAUGGAUCGAUGUUUGAAACACAUCCCAGCAAAUCGCCAUUUGGCCUCUUUUACAACACCAGAAGCCCCUGAUGUUGAUACUUCCUGCCAAAUAUGGGUAGGACAAGGACUACAAAAUAAUAACAAUGAUGAAAAUCCUGAUCCACUUAUCUCAAAUUCAGAGGAUGAUUAUGAAUCAGCAAAGACUGAAGAUUCAUUAAGUCCAAUUAAAAAAGAAAAGCCACUAUCUCCACUUAUGAAUAAAAAAAAUAAGAAGAAAAAAUUAAAACAUAGAAGCCAUGUUGAUUAUUCUAAAAAUUCUAAUUUUGAAACUACAAAAGAAGAUGAAUUUGACAUCUAUGGAAAAUACAUAGCUUCUCAGUUGAGAAAAAUGGAUUUACAAAAAGCUAUAAGACUUCAAUUGGAAAUACAAAGCUUAGUAAGCGAAGCCAGGAUAUCAGAUAUAAAUAGUGAUUAGUGUUCUUAAAUAUUAUUUAUUUAGUAUUACAAGCAGUAAGGCUUGUCUACUUAUAUUAAGUAUUUUAAGUUACCUUAUGUACAAUGUAUAUAUAAUAACAGUUAAAACAUUAGUAAAAUAAGUAUAUUAUAACAUAACUAAGAAAUUGUGCAAUUUUUCAUAUUGUUAGACUCUCAGUGUCAGUUUUAAAUGUGCAU